CUAAAAAAAAAAACAGCUCCUUCUGCUGCAGCUGAAAAAUCCCACAGUCCUUAAACGCACCGCGCGGGCGGGUUCCUCCUCCUCCUCCCCCCCCCCUCAGGUGUGUGCGGACGCUGAAUCUCCCGCUAACGUCGAGCCGCCGCCGCCGUCGCCAUCGUUCACCGCGGACAAACCAGCAGCGCGGGCCCCGCCGUGUCCCGCAGAAACCACCGGGGAGCUGCACGGACUCAGGCCGGAGCAGCAGCUGCCUCCUUCGGCUUCGUGGUCUUCGGGUUUUUCCGACGCUCCGUGCCGGAGCUCGGUGUGUUUACGCGGCGGCCGCAGAGUGAGCAGAGAGCAGCGGAGGAGGACGCGGUGAACCCGCGGAGCUGCGGAGAAAAGAAGACAAGUAGACGGACACAGAGAUUCUCCUCCACCUCCUCUUCCUCCACUUCCUCCUCUUCUUCCUCCUCCAAUGGGUUAAAAUCGGGUCGUUGUUCCGGAGAAACCUCGCGGAGCCUUGGAGCGUCACACCUGCUCACCCCCACCUGCAGGGGCCGUAUGAUCAUCAGUCUCCCCCCUCCUCUCCCUCCUGCGGCCCACCAUGCCGGCGGGGAUGAAACCUCUGGAGAAGUUCCUGAAGAAGCAGACCACAGCUCUGACCCGGGCCGGGGGCUUCGUGGGCGGCGUGACGGACAAGGCCAGCGGGGGAACCGGAGCGUCCCGCCGGAGAGCCAGUCUGUCCCGGGUCGUUCCGUUCUUCAGAGAGACGUCACCCGAUAGUGGUCAGACCCGGGAGGUCUUCAGCCCCGACAGCGAGGACGCCCCCUGCUGGCCGCCCGGUCCGGUCUCGGUGCCGGGCAGCGCUAACAGCUCUGGUUCAGGAGGAGGAGACGUCCGCAGUCCGUCUCUGUCGAGCGACGAGCAGAGCUCUGAGGCGAGUCUGAUCACAGAGAGUAGUGGAGGAGGAGGAGGAGGCGGUGGCGGAGGAGGAGAGGAGGAGGGAGGAGGAGGAGCCACGCCUCUUCACCCUGACACGCCGGACAGUCUGACCCUCACCAUGCUGGACAGCGUGGCGGGAAAACGCUCCGGACACUGCACAGAAACGCUGCUGGACGACUUCAUGUUAACACAUCCCAUCUUCCUGACGUCUGACAGGUUCCAGCAAAUUCUGCUGCAACAAUUCUCUGUGGAGACAGAGGGGAGGGAGGGAGGGAGGAGAGGGCGAGGUGAGACGGAGGGAGGGACAGAUGGAGGGAUGGACGCAGCGGAGAGGAAGCAGGCGGUGCUGAGCGUGGCGUUCAGGUACCUGGACACGUACAGAGAACUGCUGCAGGAGGAGGGCGAGCGCAGCAACAGCUUCCCCAAGGAGCUGUACCUGCGUGCUCUCCAGGACUUGACUCGUUAUCCUGAACUUGUUGAAGACGUUCUGAAGCUGCAGCGGUGGACGGAGAUCUUACACCACCCCUCUGAUGAGGAGAAGGAGAGUAAGAAGAAACAGGUCCGUCCUCUGUUCAGACACUUCAGACGCAUCGAUGCGUGUCUGCAGCCCAGAGAGGCGUUCAGGGGCUCUGACGAGAUCUUCUGCAGAGUCUACACUCCGGAUCAUUCCUACGUCACCAUCAGGAGUCGUCUCUCGUGUCGAGUCGGUGAAAUUCUGGCUCUGGUCCGAGAGAAACUCCAGUACAGUGAAGAUCAACCGGUUCUUCCUGGAAACCUGGUCCUGGUGGCAGUGACAUCAUCAGGAGAAAAAGCCGUGUUUCGUCCCAGUGACGAGGCCGUGUUCACCACACUGGGAGUCAACACUCACCUGUUCACCUGUGAACCCUCAGAGCUGGACUCACUGGUGAGGAACCUGUUCAUGCACUACAUCGCCCCCCAGAGGCCUGGAGGCUCCGUAUUCGCUCUUCUUUAG